UCCUGUUGUGUUGCAAUCUCUCUCUCUCUCUCUCUCUCUCUCUCUCUCGGCGGGAUCUCUCUGAGUAGUGUUUGCUAGUUUUUCUUGGUGGCCUAGCUUUUCAAGUAUUGCUUGGAAUUGCAUAGAAAUAGAAGGUUGAGAGGUGAGGAGGGGUUGGUGAGAGAACAUCUCGACAAAGAGGGAAUAAAGCUUUGUCUCUUGUUUCCUUGUUUUUGGUUUUUGGGUGGGCGAUCGCAGAGAGAAAAGGAGAGGGAGAGCCGAAGAAUGGGAAGACAACCGUGCUGUGACAAAGUUGGAUUGAAGAAAGGGCCAUGGACAGCUGAAGAGGACAAGAAGCUCAUCAACUUCAUCCUCACCCAUGGCCAAUGCUGUUGGCGGGCUGUUCCCAAGCUUGCUGGACUGCUGCGGUGUGGAAAGAGUUGCAGGCUGAGGUGGACCAAUUACCUGAGGCCAGACUUGAAGAGAGGCCUUUUGUCCGAGUAUGAAGAGAAAAUGGUCAUUGACCUCCAUGCGCAACUUGGCAACAGAUGGUCGAAAAUAGCCUCUCACCUCCCGGGAAGAACAGACAAUGAGAUCAAGAAUCACUGGAACACUCACAUCAAGAAGAAGCUCAAGAAGAUGGGCAUUGAUCCUCUCACUCACAAGCCAUUAGUCACCAACAACGACAACACAACCGAUCAACAACCCCCCCAAGCAGCCCAGACCCAUCCCCAAGAAUCAACUGAUCCAGAACCAACCUUAUCAUCAUCCACCAAUGAUGCUUCGUCCCAGACAGACCGCAACAAGGUCGAUCUCGAGUCACCACCGACGAUGACUGAGUCAAAAGAAGAAGAAAGAAGCACGCUUGAUGAUGCAAUGGAGGCCAUCAACAGCUUCCUCUGCUCAGAUGACGUCCCACUCAUUGACCCAUCUGAGAUCUUAGUCCCUUCUUCUUCUUCAUCGUCCUCUUCGUAUUCGACUUCACCAUCAUCGUCCUGGGAGGACAACAAAAUAUUCGAGGACCUGCAUUUGCCGUUCAUGGACUGGCCUCAGGGCGAUUUCUGCGAAGAUAACAACAGCAACGACAGUUUUGGCUUUUGGAAAGAUGAAGACUUCAGUUGGGACAUGUUAAUCAACGCCGAUCCUGUUUUGGACCAAACGUCUGCCUCGUACACUGGGCUCUUGUGAUUGGAGAUUCGGUUGUGUAAAUACAUAAAUACAUGUUGUUCUAAAAUUCAGUUAUUAGCAGAAUAAUUAAAUAAAAAAUUAUUGCAGAACCGGGGAAAAAAACCCCAUCUCUGCCGAUAUGUAGCAAAAUUUCAGUUUUUCCUUUUUGGAGGGCACUUUCGCCCUUUUGGAAGCAUGUUGCUUAUAUGAAAGAAAAUGAAUAUAUGAGAGAGUUUAUGUGGACCA